GCUUGAAUUCGUUAGUUUUAUUCUCACGACGUGACAGAUUCUGGGCCCGCUCACUCAUCCCCGUAUCUUUUUGAAAAUCUCUUUGGAGUUUCCCUCCUUUUUCUCUCCCACUUAUAAAUUUUGGGACUUAGGGUUUCUCUUUCUUCACAUUCAGUAUGACUAAUUUGAACAUAUAUCAGACCCAUCUCUACCCAUUCACCGCCGAUGCCGCCGCUUCGUAUGCUGAAUAUCGUUCUGAGUUGGAGAUUGAACGGAAGGAUAACAUUCGGAAAUUAGUUGGGAGUCCCUUGGCGAUACUUAAGACUUUGUCACCACAAGUUAGGAAGCGUGUGGAGGCUUUGAGAAACCUUCAGGGUCAACCUGUUGCGCUGAAAGCUUUAUUGUCAGAGGAGAAGGCUGUACUUAAAGCCGGUUAUGAGAAAGUGCUUGAAUCGUUGCACACGAAGAGUGAACGUGAUGGGCUUAAAGCUUUAUUUUCGAAGGAGAAGGCUGUACUUGAAGCUAAAUAUGAGAAGCUGCAUGGAUCGUUGAACUUGAAGAGAUAUGAAAUAGUAAAUGGUGUUGUUGAAGUGAAAGGUGAUAAUAUGGGGACAGGAGAUGAGAAAGGUGUUCCCAACUUCUGGCUGACUGCAUUGAAGUCCUAUGCGAAAUAUGAAGAGGAGAUCUACAUCUCAAAGCGGGAUGCAGAAGCUUUAAAAUUCCUCAAGGAUAUUAAGUGGUGCAGGGUCGAUCAUCCAAAGGGUUUUAAGUUUGAUUUCUUUUUUGAUACAAACCCCUUUUUCAAGAAUUCUGUAUUGACAAAGACCUGUCACAAAAGGGUAAAUAUGGCUAUGGCAGAAGACGGAACAUGGACGGAUAUUGAAUGGUUUCCAGGAGAAUGCUUGACAAAGAAGAUUGUAAAAUGCAAUCCAAAUAAGAGGUUAAUAAGUGCUAAACCAAUGAUCAGAACUGUCAAUUGUCAAAGUUUUUUCAGUUUUUUCAAACAGCCACCGGUCACAGAACUCCCGUAUCAUAUGCAAGAAAUUGGCUCAAUAAUUCGGAACAAAAUAAGCUCUCAAGCAGUGUUGUGGUUUACUGGUGAGGCUAAACAUGAUGAAGACGGCAAUGAUUAUGAUGAUGAAGAUGACGACGAUGAUUAUGAGGACGACAACAACGAUGACGACAAUGAUUAUGAUUAUGAUUAUGAUGAUGUCGACGACAACGACGAUGAAUAUGCCGAGUAUUAUGAUGGGGAAGAAGAGGAAGAAGAAGAGAAGCCGGAAAAGAAGAUUCAAGUGCAGCAUCGGAGUCCAGUGACGAGAGGAAUUGGUGUGGCAGCAGCCGCAGCUACUGGUAGCACUGCCACCACAGCUGUUCCAGGUGGUGUUGCAAACCAGUUCAAGCCUACGUCUCUGUACAUAGGAGACUUGGACAUCAACGUGACAGAUACACAACUGUACCAGCUGUUUAACCAAGCGGGUCAGGUUAUAUCGGUUAGGAUUUGUAGGGACUUUAGCACUCGGAGAUCCCUUGGCUAUGGCUUCGUCAACUACAGCAACCCUCAGGAUGCUGCAAGGGCAAUGGAGAUGUUAGAUUUCACUCCUGUUAAUGGAAAGUCCAUUAGGGUGAAGCGCUCUCAUAGGGAUCCUAAUUCUCCUAAGAAUAGAACAGCUAAUCUAUUUAUCAGGAAUUUGGACAAGUCAAUCGACAUCGAAGCUUUACAUGACACCUUUUCAAGCUUUGGCCACAUUCCUUCUUGCAAGAUAGUUACUGAUUCUAAUGGCCAGUCGAAGGGUUAUGGUUUUGUACAAUUUGACAAUGAUGAAUCCGCUCAAAGUGCCAUAGAUAAGUUAAAUGGUAUGCUCAUCAAUGGUAAGCAAGUGUAUGUUGCACAUGCUCUUUGCAAAGAGAAGAGUGGCAGAGGCACAAGCUGGGGAAGGUCAAUGGAGUGGUGAAUGUCCUCCAGUGCACAGGCAAUAGUAAUUUGUGGGGGUUGCCCACUAGGUUAAAAGCUAUGGGGAAGGACCAAUCUUGAAACCCUUGGUUGAUAAAUUUUCCUUCGCCUCAUUUUGGUAUGUUCACCUUUCCUUUUUGUCUAUUACUUUUUGCCAUCUUUCUCUUAGUCUUUACUUGUUGGCAGUGAUUUUGUGAUCUCUCAGGGUUAUAUUUUGUUGCCUGUUGUCAGCCUUUUGUUGUCAUGAUAUGUUUGGCUUUCUUCCCCACCUUUUUCUAUCAUCCUCCUCUCUACCGCCCUAUGUAGUUUGUUACAGCUAUGAUUGUCUACUGUGAAGGUUAAUAGAUGAUCCAAUUUUGUAUCUACUAUAUAUAUAUAGUUUGUUACAGCUAUGAUUGUCUACUGUGAAGGUUAAUAGAUGAUCCAAUUUUGUAUCUACUAUAUAUAUAUAUAUACUAGCUGCCUAGUAAAUAUCAUUUCGGAUUA